AUGGAAGAUCUUCGUAUUACUGGUUACAAUGCUUUAUUGACUCCUGCUUUCUUACAAGAAGAAUUGCCUAUGUCUAAAAAGUCUGAACAAACAGUGGCUCAAGCCCGUAACGAAGCUUCUGCCAUUCUUCGAGGUGAAGAUGAUCGUUUGAUUAUUAUUGUUGGUCCUUGUUCUAUUCACGAUACUAUUGCCGCCAAAGAAUAUUGCCAAAAGUUGAUUCAACUUCGAGAACAAGUCAAGGAUGAAUUGUUGAUCAUCAUGCGCUCGUACUUUGAAAAACCUCGUACCACAGUUGGAUGGAAAGGAUUGAUCAAUGAUCCUGAUAUUGACAACAGUUACAACAUCAACAAGGGUUUACGUGUAGGACGCAAAUUACUAUGCGAAUUGACUGAUGCCGGUAUGCCAGUUGCUGUAGAAUUAUUGGAUACUAUUUCUCCUCAAUAUUUGGCUGAUUUAAUGUCAUGGGGUGCUAUUGGUGCUCGUACUACCGAAUCUCAGUUACAUCGUGAAUUGGCCUCUGGAGUUUCUUUCCCUGUUGGUUUCAAGAAUGGUACAGAUGGUAAUGUCAAGGUAGCUAUCGACGGUAUUGGAUCGGCUUCUGCUCCUCAUCACUUUUUAGGUGUCACCAAACAAGGUACUGUCAGUAUUACCCAUACCACUGGCAAUCCUGAUUGUCAUGUUAUCUUACGUGGUGGUAACGAUGGUCCCAACUUUGAAAAGGAACAUAUUGAAAAAGCAAAAGCUCAGAUGACAAAGGCAAAUAUUCGACCCAACAUUAUGGUGGAUUGUUCUCAUGGUAACUCCAAUAAGGAUCAUCGCAACCAACCCAAGGUGGCCAACAACUUGUGUGAACAAAUCAUUGCUGGUGAAACUUCUAUUAUUGGUUUGAUGAUUGAAUCACAUAUCAAUGAAGGCAAACAAAGUGUUCCUAGUGAAGGUCCUGCUGGCUUAAAAUACGGUGUAUCCAUUACUGAUGCUUGUGUUGAUUUUGAUUCUACAGUGGAAAUCCUUCUCUCUUUAUCCAAUGCCAUCAAGCUUCGUCGUUCUUCUUCUGGUUCUAAUUAG